GGAAAAGAAAAGAAAAACAAAACAGAACAAAACUAGAGAAGUAGUAAGCACAGAAGAGAAUUGGACAACUGUGAGAAAACAUCAAAUGAAGAACAAUAGCGAGAUCCGACCACACCGCUUAUUCCGAUUUUGAUCUUAAAAUUCUGGAUCUUAUAGUUACUUAGUUUGGUAGUUGAAAUGUCCAACGAUUCAGCUCAUACACCCUUGUUACCGAGUGAGAAGUUAGAUACCAUGACUCAAGAUUUCAACCAAAACUCAAGAACUUCUUCAAGGAAAAGAAGACUGCGUCGCUCUAGAAGCGCUCCUCGUGGUGAUUGUAUGUAUGAUGAUAUUAAAACCGACGAACCACCUCCACAUCCGAGCAAAAUCCCAAUGUUCACUGAUCUAAACCCGAACCUCCGGCGAGUUAUCAUGUAUUUGGCUUUAUAUUUAGCCAUUGGUACUUUCUGUUUCUACCUCGUGAGAGACCAGAUCUCAGGUCAGAAGACCAAUGGUGUGUUAGAUGCUGUGUAUUUCUGUAUUGUAACCAUGACAACCGUUGGAUACGGUGACCUUGUCCCUAAUAGUUCUGCCUCAAGGCUACUUGCUUGUGCCUUUGUCUUCUCUGGAAUGGUCCUCGUUAGUCACCUUUUAAGUCGAGCAGCGGAUUAUCUAGUGGAGAAGCAAGAGACUUUGCUCGUUAAGGCUUUCCAUUUGCGUCAAAGCGUCGGUCAAAUAGACAUUCUCAAGGAGCUGCAUACUAACAAGUUGAGAUACAAAUGUUAUGCUACAUGCCUUGUCCUUGUAGUCCUCUUCCUUGUUGGUACAAUUUUCCUUGUGAUGGUUGAGAAAAUGGCGGUUAUCGAAGCUUUCUACUGUGUCUGUUCCACGGUUACGACAUUGGGUUAUGGCGAUAAGAGCUUUAGCUCCGGUACCGGACGCCUUUUUGCUGUUUUUUGGAUCUUGACGAGCACCAUAUGUUUGGCUCAGUUUCUCCUCUAUGUGGUUGAGCUAAAUACAGAAAACAAACAGAGGGCUUUAGUGAAAUGGGUUUUAACGAGAAGAAUCACAAACAAUGAUCUCGAAGCAGCUGAUCUAGAUGAAGAUGGAGUCGUUGGAGCUGCAGAGUUCAUUCUAUAUAAACUGAAAGAAAUGGGUAAGAUUGAUGAGAAAGAUAUUUCUGGGAUAAUGGAAGAGUUCGAGCAACUCGAUUACGAUGAAUCGGGAACUCUAACAACUUCAGACAUCGUUCUAGCUCAGACGACAUCUCAGACUCAAAGGUAACCAUCGUUAUCAUCAUCAUGUUGCGAAGACGAAUCAGAAUCUUUGUUGAGUUAUGCUUGCACACAACAAGAAAAGCAUAAGACAGUAAACAGUUUUUUUUUUUGAAAUGUUAUUUGUCUCUUCUUGUAAUGUUAUGCCACACUGUGAUUGUUUCUUGAUGCUGAGUGUAUAAUUUACAUACAUAUGAAUAUAUACACAAAUAUUUUGUCUU